UAUCGUCAGUUAAUUAGCGUGAUCUGCGUGACGAAGGUCCUUUGAAUUCACUUUAAGGUUGUUUGAUUUCACGGAAAGAAAAUGACCAGAUUAGGCUAGUUAGGUCACGUGUCUGUGCCAAAACUGCUGGCGGCUGCUGGCGGCUGAAGCCGCCCAAUCUUUAGUGGGCAGCGAGUCAUCAAAAAGCUACGACUCUCCCUCCACUCUCCCCCCAACCACCGACCCACCUCACGACACAAACUGUAACAUCCAUCACCUCAGUCCUGGAUUGUGUUUUAUCAAAUCCACCUACGUGGCAGACAUUAACAUUCUUCCAUAGUCUUGCGAAUCCACCAGCCGAAAGAUUUCCGAUCAUCCCACAAUCUCAGAAUGUCAGCCCUAGACGUUGAAGCUCUACUUGAUUCCACUGCAAAUAGCGGACCAGCUGAGCAGAAUGGGAACGCGAAAUCUAAAGACGAUGACCGACAUAGAUCGGAGCGCAACGACCGACGAGAUAGAGAACGCAACCGCGAUGGUAGUCGAGACCGAGACCGAGAUCGCAAGCGCAGAGAUCGAAGCAGAGACAAGCCUCGCAGAGAAAAUGGAGACAAGGAACUGAUCGGAACUCCUACAAGUGAACACGGAAGCGCUAAUGGCAGCGCGAAGAGUAGGCGUCGAAGCCGAAGUCGUGAUGAUGACCGCCGACACUCGCGACGCCACAGAGAUAGUCCUGACGAAAACGGCCGACGCGACGGAGAUUAUUAUCGAGGUGGUGGUCGUGCUCGUUCUCGCUCUCGGAGCCCGAAUAGAUAUUAUCGUCCUCGCGGUGGCGAUCGUCGUGGAGACCGGGACGACCUUGAUAUUAAACCCAGAGAUGAUCGUCGAGGUGGUCGCAAUGAAGGACGUCGUCAAAGUACCCCAAAGCGAGAAGUUACACCUCAGCCCACAGAGGAUGAACGUGAUCGUCGCACGGUUUUUGUUCAACAGCUUGCUGCUCGUCUUAGGACUAAAGAACUCAUAGCUUUCUUCGAAAAGGUUGGCCCUGUGAAGGAGGCGCAAAUCGUCAAGGAUCGAGUUAGUGGCAGAUCUAAAGGGUAUGUAAUGAGUCCUCGGUAUUGAACAGCCAAAUACUGACUGCAAUCCCAGUGUUGGUUAUGUUGAGUUUAAGAACGAAGAAUCGGUCCCUGCUGCUAUUCAACUCACUGGUCAGAAGCUACUAGGCAUUCCAAUUAUCGCCCAACUUACCGAGGCCGAAAAGAAUCGCCAAGUUCGCAACCCAGAGGCUACUGGUAGUAACCUUAAUCAAAUCCCCUUCCAUCGCCUUUAUGUGGGUAAUAUUCAUUUCAGCAUCACUGAAAGCGAUUUACAGAACGUUUUUGAGCCUUUUGGCGAACUUGAAUUUGUUCAGUUGCAGAAGGAAGAGCAAGGUCGCAGUCGUGGUUAUGGAUUCGUUCAGUAAGCUCCCCCAUUACAACACUCCCAAACUUUGCUAACUCAGAAUAGGUUCCGUGACCCAAACCAGGCUCGUGAGGCACUUGAGAAGAUGAAUGGGUUUGACCUUGCAGGUCGCCCAAUUCGUGUUGGUCUUGGAAACGAUAAGUUUACUCCCGAAUCUACCGCCAGUUUAUUGCAGAGAUUCCAAGGACAGAGCCACCAACAACAAUUCCAGGGUUCUGCAUUUUCCGGUGCUGGUGGACGUGGUCCCCAAGCUACCAAUGGAAGUAAUUUUGAUCGAGCCGGUGGACGAGAUAACGACAAGGGUGCUGGAGGUGCGAGCGCUUUGGAUGACACUGAUGUUGGAGGGGUAAACUUCAACAACUAUAGUCGAGAUGCAUUGAUGAGAAAGCUCGCCAGAACCGAUGAACCCGCUACCGCUACCAAGGCUCGUGACGAGAGACGCGAAGUCUUGAAGCCAAAGACCGAGACGAAGCCUUUGCCUGUCAAUGUCAAUAUGGCAAGCAGAUGCGUUGUACUCAAGAACAUGUUUGACCCAGCCGAGUAAUUUGUCCUUGUCAAAUCCACAGCUCUAUUUACUGACAUGACGGUUACAGAGAAGAAGGUGAUUCCUGGAUCAAAGAACUCGAGGAUGACGUUCGCGCAGAAGCGGAACAGAAAUAUGGCCACGUUGUUCACAUUGCUUUAGAUCGAAACUCCCCAGGCGACAUCUAUCUCAAAUUCGAUCGGGUUCAGGGUGGCGAGAAUGCCAUCAAGGGUCUCAACGGCAGAUGGUUUGGUGGACGCAUGAUUACCGCUACUCCUGUUGUGGAUGCUGUCUACAGCUCUCUCUUUUCUCGCACAAAGGCCAUUUAAGAUGCUAAGGCUAUUUAAGAUGCUAAUUGGGGCUACACGUUAAACUCUAGGGACGCAUGGUAUGUUUAAUUUGCUUGAUUUUUCAAACGUUGUGGCUCACAUUGAAAUAGAUCAUUUCACGCCAUCUCUAUAUGUGC